AUAUUUGUUUAUUAUUUUGGCAGGUCAUCGUUCCCCAAGCAAGUGUGAAUAUUGGAGUACGAUAAUUGAUUCCGUAAAGUCUAUGUAAGCAAGUCAUAGAAAUGUCAAGGAGCAGAUUCCAGUCCUUUUAAAAGAUGACCCCAUGACUGGAUAGAGCAUGUCUACAUUUUGCAGUGGAAAGAGAACUUUAUGAUAAAUAAAUGAAUAAAUGCGAACGUGAGGUGCGGUAAAGGUGAUGAUUGAUGACGCGGGAGAGUGGAUGUGAAGGAGGAACCGGAUAAUCGAAAGAGAGGAGGAAGAGUAGGAAGGAGAAGAAAAGAAAGAGGAGAAAGAAAAGUGGAAAGAGGAGAAGGAAGAAGAGGAAAAGGAAAAAGAGAAAGAGAAGGAGAAAGGAGAAGGGAAGGAGGAGGAAGAAGGAGAAGAGGAGAAGGAGCCGCUUCAUGUCCUUCGGCGGGCGCUGGGCCAUGCCGGGAAGGAAGGUGCCGGAGGAGGACAGCGACGCCUCCUACGGCGCCUACGAGAACGUCAGCUUCACCAGGACGCCCCCUGACGCUGACGGCGAUGGCGGAGGCGGGCGCAGAGGGCGGGGGAGGAGGAGCGAGAGGGAGGAGGAGUACUCGACGUCGCCCUCGAGAAGGAGCUCGUCCUCGACCAAGCCGCCUUCAGGAUCGAGGAUGGGCUCAAUAUCCAGCGAUGUCACCUCGCCGACGCUGCCCAUGACCCCCAACACGGAGAGGAGAUUGCGCGAGCGGUCCCUGGUGGAGGUCCGGCAGCAGCUGACGGAUGCCACGAACGUCGCCGGCCGCGCCCUAGCUGCCGGGGCGAAGAAGGGCUUGCAGACGCUGAUGGAGCCGAUGGAACCGACGGAAUUCGGCUGGUUCGACGCCCUCACGGCUCUCAUCUCCGUCGGGAUGUUCUACUUCGACGUCGUCUCCGAUUCGCUCCUCGCCUACUCCAUGUACAGCGAUCCUUCCACGCAGAACUGGUUCCUCUCGACGGUGCUCUUGCUGGUGAUUCCUCUGGUGAUCGUCAACGGGUUCAGCGUCUACUGGUACUGGUUCGACGAGAAGGUGUGCGAACCGGAGGGUAUGUGCUACAGGACGCCCAGGGUAUCGCCGGGUGUGUGGGCUUUCAGGAUCCUGUCGCAUAUCCUUCUGCAGGCGAAUAUACUGAGGUACAUGGACUUGCUUUACUACGGGUACAAGAGUCGGCGCAAGGGACAGGUGUGCACGGAGGCGAGGGCUGGACUGGAACAACACCCUGAUAAAUUCUCUCUGGCAGCGGACAGGUUGAAGCAGAAGCAGGGACUCGCGAACGCACGAACCGCGGAUUGCCACAACUACCAGAAGCUGUGGAUCCACGCUGAGAGAGACGCGGCCAACGUUGACCUCCUGGCGUCGCUGCUGCAGGACGCGCCCCAGCUCAUCCUGCAGCUGUAUAUCAUGGCCCACACUGUACCCGCACAGGCGCUGCAGGGGGAGAUCAGCCAGACUUUAAUGUUCCAGAUCCUUUCCGUGGCCGCGUCCCUGGUGGCCAUGUCGUGGUCGGUGUCCUCUUUCUCGAGGUCGACCCGCCUCGCAGAACCGACCUUGGGCAACCUGAGUCCCGCGGGGCUGCUCAUCCUCACCCUGGGACACUUCUGCUCCAUCGCCCCCCAGGUUUUGUGUUUUGCUCUGUUCUCCACCAAAUACAUGAUCAUAUUCGUGGUGGUGAUAUCCUGCCAUUGGCUGGCUGCUAGCUUCUUCGUUAUUGUUCAGGUCGUGUGCUGUCCGAACCCCGUCCGCCUGGGGGCGACCUUCACCCACGACGUCCGGAAGGGCCCCUGCAACCGCCUGGACGACGUCGCCUUCAGCGCCUCCUUCGGGCUGGUUCUCCUCUACACGUUCAUCGACGUCGGAGGAGCCGCGCCCAAGAUCCAGGGCUCCGUGUUCCACUUCCUCAGACUCGUCGAAGAGGCCUGCAUGAUCACGUUCUGGUACUUAACAACCGACCAGGACAUGUGGUACCACUGGGUCCCCCUCGCCAUGGUCCCCGGGUUCUUCGUCGUGGGCGUCCUCCUCGUGUGCGCGUACUACUUCUGCGCCCACCCCGACCGUCGGAACAGGAGUCUCACGGUCUGACACUAGGAAAUCCUUAGAAAGUUAGAAUCAGGUAGAACUAGUCACCCAAGAAGAGGUUCUGGUUAAUCUCAAAAACUUGCUUCACUAAUGUUAAAAGGAAUGUUGGGUUGAUGCUAAGAAUAUGAAAAGGAAUAUUGAAUUCCUGGUAAACAAAAAGAUUUGUGCUCGCGCGCGAAACCUCGAACUGUGCAAGUCAGAUGUGCAAUUUUUUUAUCACAUUAUUUUAGUGAUUUCUUGUAUGUGAUGUCAAGAAGUAAUUACAUUUUUAGAUUAUUUCAAAACAUGUAAACAACCUCAAUUACAAAUAAACAUAUUAUUUACGGGAAAAUGUGAUAUAUAUAUAUACAUAUGUAUUUUUUGUUGUUUUGUUAUGUUGGCUUCGGGAUAUUAUCCUUUGCCAAAUACUUUAAGCCUUAAGGUACUUUUAAGGACUUUAUCAGUAUUUUCGAAGGACCUGUAUUAGCGUAGAAAAUCUUGCUAAAUGUUUUGAUACGAUUGUAAUGUUUGAUAUAGCGAGGUCUUCAGGCCAAACACCACUUAUCUCUUCACUGUCUUUCCUUUUAUAAUGUUGCAGUGGUUAACAGAGCAAUGUGUACAUGUACGCGAAGGGUGGCACAACAAAUUUUGCAUUUUCGUCUUUUUCAUGUGAACUUUUGUGAUGAAAUAAAUAUUUUAUUGUGUUUAA